GUUCCGUGCUGUAAUGUGAAAGCCAAAUACAUAUUUCCCUUUUAUAUCUCUCCGAAUCUCGCAUUUACUCACUCAUUCCCCUCAGUUUUAGUUUCUUUCCGCGAGACAAUCUGCACAUACUCUCUCUUGAUCUCUGGAAACGCCCCCAGUCUCCCUUUCAUUUUCCUGUAUUUUCAGGACCUCAUGAUCCUACCUAAUCUUGACCAUGAUUUAGGUCAGCCAUGCUAUGUGUGGAUCUAUACUUGAUAUUGGGCUUCCCACGAUCAGUGAAAAAUGCCAGAAGCUCAAUUGGGUGCUCACACAAUAAGAUCACAUGGUGUUGCAGUGGCAAGACUACAUAUGCAUGAUUGGCUAAGUCUUGUGCUUCUUGUGGUGAUAGACCUCAUUUUAAACUUUAUAGAACCAUUUCAUCGCUUUGUCGGAGAGGGAAUGAUGAUGGACCUCAGAUACCCAUUGAAAGGCAAUACUGUUCCCUUUUGGGCUGUUCCAAUUCUUGGGAUAUUGUUGCCUUUUAUUGUCAUUUUAAUCUACUACUUCAUCAGAAGGGAUGUUUACGAUCUGCAUCAAGCUGUAUUGGGUCUUCUAUUUUCUGUACUUAUAACUGCAGUUAUAACCGAUGCAAUCAAAGAUGGAGUUGGUCGUCCACGUCCAGACUUCUUUUGGCGCUGUUUCCCUGAUGGCAAAGCGUUCUUUGAUCCUGUCACAAGGAAAGUUCUGUGUACUGGGAUUAAGAGUGUCAUUAAGGAAGGACACAAAAGUUUCCCAAGUGGGCAUACAUCUUGGUCCUUCGCAGGUCUUGGCUUUCUUGCUUGGUAUUUGUCAGGGAAAUUCAGGGCAUUUGAUCAUAGGGGCCAUGUUGCAAAACUUUGUAUUGUUUUCAUGCCAAUACUGCUUGCAGUUCUAGUGGGGGUUUCACGAGUUGAUGACUAUUGGCAUCACUGGCAAGACGUAUUUGCUGGAGGUCUUCUAGGGAUGACAAUUGCUUCAUUUUGUUAUUUGCAAUUCUUUCCACCCCCAUAUGACGUAGAUGGUUGGGGACCUCAUGCGUAUUUCCAGACAUUAAUAGAGUCUCCAAAUGGGAUUCAGUCCUCGACAACAAAUGCGAAUAGUCUUAACGUGCUGCAAUCAGAACUUACAAGUGCAUACAUGCGACCUCAGCACGGCCUUGGAAUAUCAGAAAUCGGUACCAGGGACUCAAGCCCUAUGCUGGAUGCAUUAGAAAAUGGGAGGAGACUGGAGAUCCUGAAUUAAAAAGGCUUGGACUGCAAAGAACUCGACAUACAGAAGUAAAUACUGUUUUCGUCUUUCUCAUUUUCAUGUACAGAUGAUUAAUUGCUUGCAAAAUUUCCGGGCAUCGGGGAAUAAUGGCGUUUUUGCGCCUAUAGGGUUUUGAGUUGGUUCUGUCAACUGGAUUUAUAAACGUGGUUUUGAAGUUGAUGAUGUUAGCAUUUUAA